AUGGAGGCUUUGUAUUGUCUCCUUGACAAACUCGAUCACAAACCAGAAAACAUGAAGUUGAUCGAACAGGCAAUGGACCAGGCAGCUGAGUACGGCCAUUUGGAUGUGUUGAAGUACCUGCAUGAACAACUUGGAGAUUUGGCGAUUGCGACGAGUGAUGCCAUGGACAAUGCCGCGGCAAAUGGACAUUUGGAGGUGGUCCAAUGGCUGCACUCCAACAGGAGUGAGGGCUGCAGCCACCAAGCCAUGGACUACGCUGCGAUGAAUGGCAAGUUGGAUGUGGUUCGCUUCCUGCACGAGAGCCGCACAGAGAGCGAGUCGCCCAAGGCUAUGAAUCGCGCUGCCAAGGGAGGACACCUGGAAGUUGUUCGCUUCCUACAUGAGCAUCGAACAGCGGGCUGCACUACCUCCGCAAUGAAUGGGGCAGCGAGGAAGGGCCACCUGGACGUGGUACGAUUCCUUCACUUCAAUCGCACUGAGGGCUGCACUGUCAAGGCAAUGAACAGUGCCGCAGCCCAUGGACACUUGGACGUCGUAGUGUUCCUUCAUCAUCACCGAGGUGAAGGAUGUGCGCCAUCUGCCAUGGACUAUGCAGCGCUGUCUGGUCACUACGAAGUACUUCGCUUCCUUCACCUCAUGCGCAGAGAAGGAUGUACCUCUAACGCCAUGUACUGGGCCAUCCACUACAAUCGCGAUCAAAUAGUAUCAUUCCUCAGUGCAAAUCGCAGCGAGCAUAUCGGAGUUUCCUACAUGACAUCUAUUGUAUCUGGAAUGAUUCCACAAAACAUUUGGACGUGA